UUUUCUUCUAAAGACAACAGAGAUGAGAAGAACACUUCCCCUCUCCUUUCACAUCCUAGUCGGCAUUGCAGUUGUUGUUGUCGCUGCUGCUGCUGAUGACAUGGAACUUCCGGAAAACCUGACGGACCUGGACUACGAGAACAUCUCGAUUUCGGAUCUACUUAUUGAAAUAGGCAAGGCAAUACCACAGCACAUCCGUCAAAAAGGAACUAUCUUCAAUGACCCAAGCGGCUUCUCUUGCAACGGCCAGUGUGGAACCCUCUCCAAGGGGCUGUGUUCCUGCCGACCGACGUGCGUACCGGCCGGUAACUGUUGCUACGACUUCCAGGCCGAAUGUCCACUUCAGUUUGAAAGGCUAGAGACAGACUUGUGGUGGCUACGCUUCUUAGAAAUGAGUUGCUUGCCUAACAGAGUGAUGGCGGUCAGCUACUGUCCCCGUCCUGGUUCUGCUAUUCACAAAGACCAAUUCACGCCAGAGGUAAAAACCCCGACGUCCUCUCAACAGAAACAUUUUGACCAGGAAUGGCAGGAGGCUCUUACUGAAGGGAAGGAAGAUCCACCAUUAAGAACCUUCAAGAAACGGGAGGCUGUUGUGUGGAAGAGUGGGGCAAGUUUGACUUUACAGGUUGGCGAGGACAGGAAAAGAAGACGGCGUUUUGUGGAUGGACGAGUUCCCCAAGAAGAUGGUCUUGCGGGAUCAGACACUUCCCCCAAACCUGAUUCUCCGACUACUCCCGUGGUAGCGACGGACGCUUAUGGUGAAACAGGUACACUAAGCGGAAUUGUUCAGCCGAUGUCACUUUCUGAUAAUGGGGACACAGUUUCUAAAGACGAUGCUUCUAUGUGGACAACUCACAGAACAUCGUCCAUACCUGGGUUUCAGGGCACCAUAGCCGGACAAGGAUCUCAAGUUGACCGCUUCAGACACGUGAUUACUGAUCUUCCCAUCACAGACGUAGACACUGGUCUUGUUUUUAUCAGUGCAUCCGUAUUUGCCUGCCACAAUCAUUUUGUCAAGAACCCCGCCUUUUGGGAUGUGAUGUUCGUCCCCAAUACAGGGAAAGGCGUACACGGACAAGCUGAAAUGGAAGAAAUAAUAAAGGAAAUACCGAGCCCAUCUUCAGCGAUAUUACCCUCAGUUGGUACCGCGAAAAAUCUGGAGCUUUGUUACGGGGAUGAAAUUGUUACCUGUCGUGAUAAUUACUCCAACCAAUUUGUUCUUAAACGUUGCCAUGACACUAUGGCGUUCAUAUUAUACAAGGGACGAAUUUACAAGAAUCCUUUUUGUGUGGUUUGUAACUUCACUCCGCUUAGAGCUUUGUCUUACGUCCCUUUAAGGUUUUUUCUACAGGGUCGAGCAAUUGGGAUUUUUCACAUCAUAAUGAAAGUCAAGCCGGACUUUCAAUCUGUAACGUUUGCGUUGUCUACCGAGGCAGAAAAAACCACUAGAUCUAGCAUGCUAUACCCUAACUGGAGGGAGUAUGAGUGCCAGCUGAACUACAGAGAGCUGGCAGAGUCAUUAGCAGCCGCGGAUUAUCAGGACACCAGUGAGGGCCAAAGUUCGUCUUCGACGGAAAUCGAGGAAGAAGAAAAGAGACCCGAAGGCGAUGCGCUUCAAAACUCUCAGUUUUCACUGUUAGAAUCCAACACGACAAAACAAAAUCUAGAUCACUGUAAGUUGCUUUCUUGUCGGGUUGGUAAAAUGCGCGACAACAAUUGCGAGGCAGAAUGGUACGUCAACUUUCGAUUCCCACCGGUUUCUAAACCAUUGUGUCCCGAAUUUUUUAACGCUAUGGAGCCUUUGAUUCUUACAUCCAUCCAUCAGUUUGAGCAAAAACUGUUUUCACCCUCUAGUACAGCGAGUCUCUUAGGCGUUUACAAAGGUGGUUAUGUUUACCAGUACGUAUUUACAGGUCGUUCAUUCUUUGACCUUUCUCUAGAUCGAUCAGUUGUCAAAACAAUCAAGUACGUCAUAAGCAGCGUUCUUUUCUCGGCCAGCCCACCAUUGACUAAUGUAUCCUUUUGCGUAUUUCAAGGUUUAAACACGCACGGACCCAUCCCUAAACAUAAUAUUUCCUCUUGUUCAAAGGAGAAUGAAGAAGCUCCCGGAAAAGUCUCUUCAUCAAGCUUCGAGGUCACGUGUUCAAGCCAAGAGCGUAACUAUAUUUUUUCCUGGGUCUGCAUCGUGACUCUGAUCAUGACAGUGGCAUACAUGACACAGUAAAAGUCAAAGCAACGAUUAAAGCGGUUUUUCUUUAACGAAGUCGUGACGCUUUUAACCAGCUCUACACCCAGGAACAAAAUUAGAAUUUUAUAUUUAGCGUAUCUAUGCGAAAAGUUACCCAAAAAAAAAAAGGUUCUCAAACAGGCAACGAAAUUCUAGCGGUUCCAAAAAUCUGUCUAUCAUAAAAAAAAUAACCUCCAGAAGUCGAAUAUUAUUGUAGGAAAAUUUGAAUUAUAAUUGAAAACACGUUAGAUUAAAUAUGUGCAUUACGCAAUACGCUAUUAUUUUAAACCUCUAUUCAACGAUCACAAUGGAGUGGAAAGUAACGAAAGAGCCCUUCGCUGUUAAAUCAUAAUUAUCAUCAUAAAACUAGCCCUAAAAGAAGUUAUAACGUCAUCCUUUUUCACUUUUUAAUUGAUCGACGGUCCAGAAACAGUAAAGAUCCAUCUGAGAAAGUCUAUAUUGAGACACACUCAAUGAGACCGCCCGCAUAGAAGAAGAAGCGGGAGGUUGGAGGGCGCCCCUGUAAGGCUCCACUUCUUUACUUUCCCUCUGUUGUUUCUGUCUGUCUGUUUUAC